GGGUAAUAAUUUGGCAGGGGGUCGAAAUUAGGCACACCGUCGGUACUUUAUUUUUUCCAGUUGCUGACAACUAGACUAAAGUGUCUUGCGGCUAAUUCGGGUCAACUCAAGAGCUGCAAGCAACAAUGGAUUUAUGUAAUCGCCACUUUAUUUUGCAACCAAAGAAAAUCCUUCACUUCAGCUUUUCAUCUCACACGUCUACUGCCUCGUGGGGGAUGCGUGAGGACCUCUGCUCAUGCCAGGGCCAAAUUCUAGUGUCCAAUCCCCUUCGCUGAUUCCUAACCUCUCCCGUGGACCUUUAAAAAGCCGCUGCGCACCACUCAUCAGUGCGCAUUCGCUCCAGUCGGCGAGCACCUUCACAUCUACAACACACUCCUGACUUUAACUUGGCAGCAAGUUAUACAGUCUUUGAAAUGGCUCUUCAAAGCAGCAUUCUGCACUUGGCCCGCAAGAGUCUACUCCAGGAGUCAUGCAAGCCGUUUUUCUUCCAAACCCUCGGGCUGCACAAAUCCGAGGCGAGCAGCUCUCUGGAGAUCGCGGCGCACAGUCAGGAGGAUCUGAAGGAGGAGAACAUGGUGCGCCCCGCCGCUGAGGAGCAGAAGGUGGCGAGAGUGAAGACUCUCCAUGAGAUGCCCGGACCCAGCACUAUCGCGAACCUCACUGAAUUCUUCUACCGGGAUGGAUUCAGCCGCAUCCACGAGAUCCAGAGCACUUACAGUUUGAAGGAAAGCCAACAUUACAGCACAUACACUACAUCAUUGGAGCAUUCUCAGAAGUAUGGGAAGAUCUUCAAAUCUCGAUUUGGACCUCAGCUGGUGGUGUCCAUCGCUGACAGAGACAUGGUGGCACAUGUUCUCAGGUCUGAAGGUGUGACUCCCCAGAGAGGCAACAUGGAGUCCUGGAAGGAGUACAGAGAUAUGAGGGGAAGAUCUACUGGACUCAUCUCGGCCGAGGGUGAUGAAUGGCUGAAGAUGCGCAGUGUUCUUCGCCAGCUGGUUAUGCGGCCCAGAGAUGUGACUGUUUUCUCCUCUGAAGUCAACGCUGUGGUGGCCGACCUGGUGGAGAGAGUGAAGACACUGCGUAGCCAGCAGGACGACAGACAGUCUGUCCUUAACAUUAAUGACCUGUUCUUCAAAUAUGCCAUGGAAGGUGUUGCAACCAUUUUGUAUGAAACCCGCCUGGGCUGCUUGGAAAAUGAAAUUCCCAAGAUGAGUCAGGAGUACAUUGCUGCACUGCACCUCAUGUUCAGCUCUUUCAAGACCACCAUGUACGCAGGGGCCAUUCCCAAAUGGCUGCGCCCCAUCAUUCCCAAACCCUGGGAGGAAUUCUGCAGCUCAUGGGAUGGCCUUUUCAAAUUCAGCCAGAUCCACGUGGACAAGAGGCUUUCAGAGAUCAAAAAGAAGAUGAAGAAAGGCGAAGAGAUUAAAGGAGGGUUGCUGACUCACAUGCUGGUCACCAGAGAGAUGAAUCUGGAGGAGAUCUAUGCGAACAUGACAGAAAUGCUUCUGGCUGGGGUUGACACGACCUCUUUCACACUGUCAUGGAGCACAUACCUUCUGGCAAGACAUCCUAUAAUACAGCAGGAGAUUUUUGAGGAAUUAGACCGAGUGCUGGGUGGACGUAUCCCAACCGGAGAGGAUGUUGCUCAUUUGCCCCUUAUUAGAGGGCUUGUCAAAGAGACACUCAGGCUUUUCCCUGUUCUUCCUGGAAAUGGACGCGUUACACAAGAUGAUCUGAUCAUCGGAGGUUACUUCAUCCCUAAAGGGACUCAACUUGCUCUGUGUCAUUACUCCACCUCUAUGGAUGAGGAGAACUUCCCCCGUCCCGGAGAGUUCCGCCCAGACCGCUGGAUUCGCAAGGAUGCCUCUGACCGUGUCGAUAACUUCGGCUCCAUCCCGUUUGGCUACGGCAUCCGCAGCUGCAUCGGGAGGAGAAUAGCCGAGCUUGAGAUGCAUCUGGCUCUCACACAGCUCCUGCAGAAGUUCCACAUUGAGGUGUCUCCCCAGACCGCUGAUGUGCGUGCUAAGACUCAUGGCCUGCUCUGUCCGGGGGCUCCCAUCAACCUUAAAUUUGUGGACCGAAAGUAAUCUGCCAUUAUACUCUGUGUGAAUUUAAACCAUAAUCCAUACUGUGCUUUUGAAGUCCAAAGACUGUUAGCAUCGUUGUGUAUUAUAGUGCCUCUUCCAGCUUUUAUCCAGCAAAGAAUGUUACUUUUGUUUAUGUGUGAAGUGCCUCUAAGAUUUUUUUAAUAGUUUGCUUGUGUGAAUGUUUAUAGCCAAUCAGAAGACCACAUAUUUUGAACAGGCACUAUUUUAUAUAGUUGAAUCAACGCGAAUUACUUUGAGAAUUGCGUUUUAAAAAUUGUGUUAUAUUUUUCAUUUACAGAAUUCAUUUACAUCAUACUAGCAGUGUAAUUUUAUCUCGCAUCAGCCUUAAAAAUGAGUGUGAAAUAUGGUCAAGAAGACCUUGUAUGUAGAUGUUUUACUAUUAAAUUAGCUUUAGUGCUAAGCUCAUUAUUUAUUUUACAUGGUACACUUAUAUAUAAGCUUAAAGACUUCUAGCUUACGAGCAGAAAAUUCCUUAAACAAACACGAGUGAGAAAAUCCUAUUACAACUACAAAGCUACUUUAGAAGAUUGUGCUAAAACCCUGUCCUGUGGACACUAAUAUUAAGAUAAAUAUUGUGUAAAGAAAACAACACAGCAUUGUCCAUCUUGAUUUCAGUGUGGCUAUAAUUAUCUUAUUUCAUUAAUUAUUCAACAAUGAUUUUGUGGUGAUUCCACUAAAACUCUUUAGUGGAAAACAUUUUAAUGUGAAAAGCAAAACUGUGCCUCCUUUUUUUUUUUUAGUGCACUAGCCUUUUAGGCAACAGAUGGUUAAUGGGAAAUGGUGAAAAUGAACUGUUUUUUAGGUAAAAAUGAAUGUUGUUUCUGAGAGUUGUGAAAUUACUCAGUAUUGUAUUUGGAAGUGUUGGAUAUGUGGAAAUGUGUAAGUUACAGAAUUUUGUAUGAAUAAAUUACACUUUGAAGA